AAGGGGAGGGUCUGAUUGUAGAUGAAGUGACUGUGAAAGUGGAGGGUGACGUUCCUCCCACAUGGAAUGCAGAUAGUCACCUAGGGGACGGAAACUCACAGGGCAGAGAUUUAUUUGAUUACAGGGGAAGCUUAGAGACAAAUCUAAAUGUUGCCACCCACUCCCUUUUACACACGUUCAAGGAUCGCAACCCAGACUCCACUUUGAUGGAGCCUUCCGAUUCACACAGCCUUGUCCUUUUCGAUCAGGUAUUGAACUCAAACGACACGACUAGAGCCCAGGCUCAUGGAGGGGGAGCCACAUUAGGCAAUAGUAAAGAGAAACGGUUCCUCUGCAUGUUCUGUAACAAAGGCUUCAGCUGCCCCCAGAAGGUGGAGAUCCACCGGAGGGUCCACACAGGGGAGAAACCAUUCAGCUGUCCCCAGUGUCACAUGCGCUUCGCCCAGGCCUGCAGCCUGAAGAGGCACCAGAGGGUCCACACAGGGGAGAAACCCUACAGCUGCCCCCAGUGUGAGAAGAGGUUUUCUCGCCAGCACCAGCUGAAGACGCACCUGAAGGUCCACACGGGAGAAAGGCCGUUUGCCUGUACGCAUUGUGGGAAGAGGUUCUCCGAGAGGAGCUACCUCAGGAUACACCAGCAGAAAAAACAUUCCAGCCUAUAACAUGGAAAGUAACCAUUCCACUCGAUAGCUUCUGAUGUUUAGAUGAAACCCUGCAUUAAAGACAAAGAUUAAUUUAUUGUUGUCAGCAGAAAAGGCCCAGAGAUGCAUUUGGAAUAACGAGAGUUACAGAUUUCAGUGUUGAAUAUUCCUGAGUAGAAUAUUACAUCCAAACAUGGUGUGAUAUGUAAGGCAUAUACAGUGCCUUUGGAAAGUAUUCAGACCCCUUGACUUUUUCCACAUUUUGUUUCAUUACAGCCUUAUU